AUGGCGCCUGUUCCCCAUCGGAUGCUGCUCUGGGCGCUGAUCCUCCCCAUCCCAGGAGCAUGGUGCUUUAGUGAGCUGUUUUUUGUAAAAGAGCCACAGGAUAUAACCGUCACAAGGAAGGACCCAGUGUUUUUAGAUUGCGAGGCACGUGGCGAAGUUCCCAUUACGAUCACAUGGCUGAAAAAUGGAGCAAAAGUUUCUGAAAAUGAACGGAUCUACACAUUAUCCAAUGGCUCCUUAUAUAUCAGUGAGGUGGAAGGAAAAAGAGGAGAACCAUCUGAUGAAGGAUUUUACCAGUGUUUAGCACUGAACAAAUAUGGGGCCAUUCUCAGUCAAAAAGGUCACCUUAUACUAGCAACCAUUUCUGCAUUUGAAGUCCAACCACUUUCAGUUGAGGUCCAAGAAGGUGGAGUGGCUCGGUUUGCUUGUAAAAUAACAGCAAACCCUCCUGCCGUAAUCACAUGGGAAGUGAAUCGAACAACCUUACCUCUAGCCUUGGACAGGAUAACUGCUCUACCAACGGGAGUUCUGCAGAUCUAUAGUGUUGAAAAGAGGGAUGCUGGGAAUUAUCGAUGUGUUGCUACAACUGUAGCCAAUAGACGGAAAAGUGUUGAGGCAGCACUUAGUGUUAUUCCAGCCUUAGACUUGAAGCCAUUCCAGAAGCCAGCCAUUAUAGCUGGUCCUCAGAACAUUACAGCAUCUCUUCAUCAGACUGUCAUCCUGGAGUGUGUUGCCACAGGGAAUCCAAAGCCGAUCAUCUCAUGGAGCCGUUUAGACCACAAGUCCAUUGAUGUCUUCAAUACCCGUGUACUCGGAAAUGGGAACCUCAUGAUCUCUGAUGUAAAAGUGCAGCAUGCUGGAGUUUAUGUCUGUCGAGCAACUAUUCCAGGCACACGGAACUUCACAGUUGCAAUGGCAACUCUCACUGUGUUAGCACCACCUUCAUUUGUGGAAUGGCCGGAAAGUUUAACAAGGCCCAGAGCUGGUACUGCCCGUUUUGCGUGUCAGGCAGAAGGAAUUCCAGCACCCAAAAUGUCAUGGUUGAAAAAUGGAAGAAAGAUACACUCCAAUGGUAGAAUUAAAAUGUACAACAGUAAAUUGGUGAUUAACCAGAUCAUUCCUGAAGAUGAUGCCAUUUAUCAGUGCAUGGCUGAAAAUAGCCAGGGGUCUAUCCUGUCCCGUGCCAGAUUGACUGUAGUUAUGUCAGAAGACAGACCCAGUGCUCCUUGUAACGUCCAUGCUGAAACCAUGUCAAGUUCAGCAAUUCUGCUAGCUUGGGAGAGGCCGCUCUAUAAUUCAGACAAAGUGAUUGCAUAUUCAGUGCACUACAUGAAAGCAGAAGGUUUAAAUAAUGAAGAGUAUCAAGUGGUUAUUGGAAAUGACACAACUCAUUACAUUAUUGAUGACUUGGAACCAGCCAGCAAUUACACCUUUUAUAUUGUGGCCUACAUGCCCAUGGGAGCCAGUCAGAUGUCAGAUCACGUGACUCAGCACACCCUUGAAGAUGUUCCUUUGAGAGCUCCUGAAAUCAGUUUGACAAGUCGAAGUCCUACAGAUAUUCUCAUCUCCUGGCUGCCGAUCCCAGCCAAAUACAGGCGAGGCCAAGUGGUCUCGUACCGUGUGUCUUUUCGCCUCAAUGCAGAAAGCACUAUCCAGGUUCUGGAGCUUCCAGGGACCACAAAUGAGUAUCUCCUGGGAGGCCUGAAGCCCGAUAGUGUCUACUUGGUUCGUAUUACUGCAGCAACGAGGAUAGGCUGGGGAGAAGCCUCUCUGUGGACUUCUCACCGGACCCCCAAAGCCACAAGUGUGAAAGCACCAAAGUCUCCUGAGCUGAGUUUGGAACCACUGAACUGUACAAUCAUUACAGUGAGGUGGCAUCAGGACUCUGAGGAUACAGCAACUAUUGAAGGGUACAAAUUAUACUACAAGGAAGAAGGCCAGCAGGAGAAUGGACCAAUUCUAUUGGAUGCCAGUGACCUUGUGUAUACUCUCAGUGGUUUGGAUCCCAGAAGAAAGUACCAUGUAAGGCUAUUGGCAUAUAAUAGCAUGGAAGAAGGUUACCAGGCAGACCAAACAGUCAGUACUCCAGGAUGUGUCUCUGUCCGUGAUCGUAUGGUUCCUCCUCCACCACCACCCCACCACCUAUAUGCUAAAGCUAACACUUCAUCUUCUAUCUACCUCCACUGGGGAAGGCCUGCGUUUACCUCUGCACAAGUCAUUAACUACACAAUUCGCUGUAAUCCUGUGGGGCUGCAGAAUGCCUCUUUGGUGCUCUACCUUCAAACGUUGGAAACUCACAUGUUGGUUCAAGGUCUAGAACCAAAAACCAAGUAUGAGUUUGCAGUUCGACUGCAUGUGGAUCAGUUGUCUAGUCCCUGGAGUCCAGUAGUUUACCAUACCACACUUCCAGAAGCGCCAGCUGGCCCUCCACUAGGAGUGAAGGUGACUUUGAUAGAAGAUGAUACUGCUUUGGUUUCCUGGAAGCCACCUGAUGAUCCUGAAACAGUUGUUACUCGCUAUACUAUCCUCUAUGCAUCUAGGAAAGCUUGGAUUGCUGGAGAGUGGCAAGUGCUACACAGAGAAGGAGCAAUAACCAUGGCUUUGCUGGAGAACCUGGUGGCUGGAAAUGUCUACAUUGUUAAAAUAGCAGCAUCCAACGAGGUGGGAGAAGGACCUUUUUCAAAUGCAGUGGAGCUUGCAGUCCUGCCAAAGGAGACUUCAGAGUCCAACCAAAGGCCUAAACGAUUAGAUUCAGCAGAUGCCACAACUUAUUCUGGCUAUUACCACCUGGACCAGAAAUCAAUGACUGGCAUUGUUGUAGGAGUUUGUAUAGCCCUGACCUGCAUCCUUAUCUGCAUCCUGAUUUUGAUCUACCGCAGUAAAGCCAGGAAAACAUCUGCUCCUAAAACUAUGCAGCAAGGCACUGACCAGCUAUCACAUACCAACAUCUCAUUAGCCAGUGCGAACGAGGUGGGGAAGAGUACUGAAGGAAUUGCAGAGAAUGAAGAAUCUUUAUUGCCGAUGAUAGUAGGAAACAGCUUCGUCGAUGCUAAGGGGGGGACUGAUCUAAUUAUUAACAGUUAUGGUCCUAUCUCAAAGACCAGUUGCAAGAAAAGGUGGCUCUUCUUCCAAGAUUCUAAGAAGGUGAAAACAGAGGAGCCUCAGAGAAGAUUUGUCCAAGCUGUGUGCUUAUAUCAGCCAGGCACCACUGUACUGAUCAGUGAAGAUGACUCCCUCAAUUCCCCAGGCCAGCAAUCCAAGUUCCAGGUGCCAUUCAGUAUUGUAGCUGAUACAGAGCAUUCAGCAAACAGCGAAGGAAGCCAUGAGACCGGAGACUCUGGAAGAUUCUCUCAUGAGUCCAAUGAUGAGAUACACCUUUCUUCUGUUAGAAGUGUCACCCCACGCACCUCCAGUUUCUUUGCAGGCAGUGACUCAGGUGUGAACGUGAACCCUGUUUGGAGUAACUGUGAGGAGCCCCCGGUACCACUGGCUACAGACCAGACUUCUACCUCAUCUCUUCAGAUACAGUGCACGGUACAAAACUGA